AGAGCAGGGUCAUCAGAGGGUAUGCUGAGUAAAUAUGAAAAUGACUGCAGGAACUGUGCAAGUGUGUGCGAUGACACUUCCUCAGUUUAUCUUUACUCUUCUUGCCUAGACUGUUUCCUUCUCUUUUAUUGAAAGACUGAGGGAUUCAGUGACUUGCAGUGGAAUGUGGAGAGGUUCAAGCAUUCUGGUGGCAAGUUCUCUUCUAGUCUGCACCAGGGUCGGUGGUGACCAAGCUGUAUUAGCAGCCAUUGUUCUGUUUGGACAUCAGUUCAGUUCCUAGGGGUUAGGUACGCACACCAUAACCAUCGCUUUAACAGUUGGCUCUUGUAUCAUCUUGACCAGCUGUCUUACAAGGAAGGAAAACCUGGAUUGCCAUGGAUGCUGGUGUGUCACAAAGGGGACAGCAAGUCUUCCUGAAGGCAGAUGAGCCCCUCUUGCAUUCCGACGUCUUACAGGAUGCAUUACUAAGCCUUGGCUCCAUCAUAGAGACCAGUUCCAUACGAGAAGCCAUCAAAGAUGUUCUUGAGGCAGUGCUCCCAAAAGUGGAGAGCAUAUUUGUCUAUCUGUUGGAUGUGGAAACCAACAAAUUGCUAUGUGAUGACCCUCCACAUGAGCUGCCCCGAGAAGGACAACUCAGGGAUUUUGUAAUUAAGCAGAAGAGGGUUGAGUGCAGUGGACUGCCCCCGUCUGAGCUUCAUGAGAAGCAAAUUAACAGCCUGGCAGCCCCUCUUCCACCUGAUAAACAAGUGUUGAUAAUCCCUCUUGUGGACCUGGACAAUGGGAAAGUCAUAUCAGUGAUUUUGGUUUGCUGCAACCGGUUGAGCGAGGCUAUUGAAAAGCAUCUUAGUAUUCUGGAGAAGCAUGUUACAGUAGCUUGUAAGAGAGUGCAGGCGAUACAGACAGCAUCAAAAUGGCCACAUGUCAGCCUGUCACCAAGCCCUUCCCAGAAUUCACUUGCCAAAUCAGAGUCUUCACAGUCUGGGACGUACAGUGACCUGGACCGCAAGAUCCUGCAACUAUGUGGCGAACUCUAUGAUCUUGAUGCAGCCUCACUCCAACUGAAGGUGAUCAACUAUUUACAGCAGGAAACCCAGUCCCUAUGUUGCUGUCUGCUGCUAGUUUCAGAAGACAACCAUCAGUUGUUUUGCCAGGUGGUUGGGGACAAAGUCCUGGAGGAGGAAAUUAGUUUUCCACUUACAUUUGGUCAUCUGGGGAAGGUGGUUGAGAAGAAGAAAUCUAUCACUCUACAGGAUAUCAGUCCGGAGGAGCAUCGUCAGUUGAACAGCAUGUUGGGUUUUGAAGCCUACUCAAUGCUUUGUGUGCCUGUAAUCAGCAGGGCCACUGUCCAAGUGGUGGCCCUGGCCUGUGCAUUUAACAAGAGAGGCGGGCAAAAGUACACAGAAGCAGAUGAGCACACAAUUCAGCACUGUUUUUGUUAUACAUCAACAGUAUUAACCAGCACACUGGCAUUCCAGAAGGAACAAAAGCUCAAGUUCGAAUGCCAGGCACUGCUCCAAGUUGCCAAAAACCUCUUUACGCACUUAGAUGACGUGUCGGUCCUACUGCAGGAGAUCAUUAUAGAGGCCAGAAACCUCAGCAAUGCAGAAAUCUGCUCUGUGUUCCUGUUGGACAGAAUGAACCAUGAGCUGGUGGCCAAAGUUUUUGAUGGCGGUGUUGUGAGUGAUGAUGAGAAUGAGUUUCGGAUCCCAGCUGAUCAAGGUAUUGCUGGUCACGUAGCAACCACAGGAAAGAUCUUGAACAUCAAGGAUGCCUAUUCACAUCCUCUGUUUUACCGAGGCGUGGAUGACAGUACUGGCUUCCGGACAAGGAACAUUCUUUGCUUCCCCAUCAAAGAUGAGAAUAAUGAGGUGAUUGGUGUAGCUGAACUGGUCAAUAAGAUUAAUGGCCCUGGGUUCAAUAGGUUUGAUGAAGAUUUGGCCACAGCGUUCUCAAUCUACUGUGGAAUCAGUAUUGCUCACUCUCUGCUGUAUAAGAAAGUCCAUGAAGCUCAGUUUAGAAGUCACCUGGCCAAUGAAAUGAUGAUGUAUCAUAUGAAGGUAUCAGAGGAAGAGAUGACCAAGCUUUUGACAUUUGGAAUCCAACCUGUGAAUGAGAUUCAUCCAAGCUUUGCCUAUUUCACCUACACGCCUCGCUCCUUACCAGAUGAUGAAACUCCUGUGGCUAUUCUAAGCAUGUUUGAGGACAUGGGCUUUAUUAACACUUAUAAGAUAGACAUUCAAACAUUGGCAAGGUUCUGUCUCAUGGUAAAGAAGGGAUACAGGGAUCCUCCCUAUCACAACUGGAUGCACGCAUUCUCUGUGUCUCAUUUCUGUUAUCUCCUGAACCAGAACCUGGAACUUUCCAAGUAUCUUGAGGAUAUUGAGAUAUUUGCUCUUUUUGUGUCGUGUAUGUGCCAUGACUUGGACCACCGAGGAACCAACAAUUCCUUCCAAGUGGACUCGCAAUCUGUGCUGGCUGCCCUAUACAGCUCAGAAGGAUCAGUGAUGGAGAGACACCACUUUGCCCAGGCAAUAGCUAUUCUAAACACUCAUGGAUGUAACAUCUUUGAGCAGUUCUCCAGAAAGGAUUACCAAAGGAUGCUGGAUCUGAUGAGAGAUAUUAUAUUGGCAACUGACCUGGCUCAUCAUUUACGUAUCUUCAAAGACCUUCAGAAAAUGGCAGAUGUGGGCUAUAACCCAAAGAACAAGCAUCACCACAGUCUGAUCCUCUGCCUGCUGAUGACCUCAUGUGACCUGUCGGACCAGACCAAAGGAUGGAAAACCACCACGAAGAUUGCUGAACUUAUUUACAAGGAAUUCUUUUCCCAGGGAGAUUUGGAGAAAGCCAUGGGCAACAGACCCAGUGAAAUGAUGGACAGAGAGAAAGCCUACAUUCCAGAGCUUCAGAUUAGCUUCAUGGAGCACAUUGCCAUGCCCAUCUACAAGCUGCUUCAAGAACUUUUCCCGAAAGCGGCAGAGCUUUAUGAGAGAGUUUCAGCCAAUCGGGAACAUUGGACCAAGGUCUCUCACAAAUUUACAAUCCGAGGGUUGCCUAGCAACAACUCCCUUGAUUUCCUGGAUGAGGAGUAUGAACAGCUACAAGAGCAGGCAGAAGAAAGUCUGAAGAUGAAUGGUUGCUUAGAAACAAAAGGAACCAUGGAAAUCAUUGAACAAUAAGGUGUUUAAACAAAUAUAAAACAUUACUUCUGGAGUUCAAGUAACUACAUUUUAUAGAAGAAACCACAUUUUUUAGUGACACCUCAUUCCUCAUGGAAGCGAGUGGGUAACAACCUGGAACAUCUGAAUGCGGGAACCUUUAAGAACACAACAAAGCAAAGACUUCUUCUCAAAUCAGCUGCUAUAUUUUGAGCAUUUUGUUUUAGUUAUUUGGCAAUUGUUUUAAAAGUCAGAAAUUGGAGAAAGCUUUUGUUACUUCUUUAAAAAUCUUUUUUUUUUUGGUAGUUAUACCAAGCAGCCACUGAUACAGCUAAAGUAUCAGACCGUGUUUUCCAGUAAUAGCAGUGGCUGCUUGUCACAGGAUUCUCCCUCUCUUAUUCUAUAUUACUGUAUUGUGUGUAUUAAACUGGCUUUGGAUAGAACACUCUGCCUGAUCUGAAGGGAUUAUUGAGGGCCCCUUCAAAGCAUAGUGGAUACAUUAGCCAGUAUGCAGACUGUGAAAUAUGGUCAGUACUGCUGGGUUCAGUAAUGUUUGUCAAUCUCUACAUUUUUUGUAUCGUUAUGUUAUUAUUAAUAUUAUUAUUUUUUGUGAAACCAUUAAAAAGACAAGAUUAUUAACCAUAUAUCCUACAUUGAUGCACAUUGGGCAUUUGUAGUCAAUAAGAGAUGUGGUGUGGAUGGGGACUGACUACAGUUUGUUUUUCACAUAUAUUUGUCAAGGUGUGAACUAUUACACUUUUAAAAUAACCCUUUAAAAUACACUACAAGUAUGUGUGUUAUUACUGUAGUGUACCACUGCACACCAUUUUACAAAGUGGAUAUUUUACAUGGUUGAAUAAAAACCUGUGGCAUAUGUAAGUGACCAAGAAUGUAUGGACUACAAAAGAACUUUUAUGUGUUGAUGUCUGUAAAUAUUUUAUCAGCAGGUGUAAAUAAGGGCUGUUACUCUUAAGGCAUUGUGGCUAAUUGGAACACAGACAUAAUGUGUAUAUUAUUGAUUUGCCUUACCUUUUCUGCGUUGCCUUUUGAGAAAAAAAAUAUCUGAUUAUCAUUAUUAUUAAUAAUGAUAAUACCCAUGUUCCAUUGAAAAGUGUGUUGCUACUGUACUGUACAUACUGGUUCUGACUCCUUAAGCCUCCACUGAUCCAUAUUGCUGAGUGAUACUUCCUCUUUGGGCAGUGCAGGAAAAUUUCUGUUUUUUUAACCACUGGACUGUGUAUUCAUCCAUUUCUUGCAGUGCAUGAACAUUUA